AAGUUUCUAGAGUACCUAAUCAAGGUAUCUCAUUAUUAAAAAGCAGGAAUAGGUAAUUGAACAAUCUGUGGAGCACACUAUAGUGAUAAUACGGUUAUAGGUUACUGUACUGAUUAAUUUUUCAAGUAUCCAGUGAGGAACUGGGCAGAUUUUAUUGUGAAUAUUGAGGUGUGAAAAAUAAUCCACGAAAAAAUAUUAUUGUAUUUCUAAAAUGUUGGUGAUCAUAUCAUUCCUGGUAAUACCAACCAUUCUAUUGAGCGCUUCUCAGUGUGAAGGUAUAAGCAAUGAGGUGAUGAGAAACUUCAGAGGCCAGUUGAUAAAUUCAACUCAAAAAUGCACUGAUAAAUACAAUGUAGCCGCAAUUGAAGUAUUUAAUAUGAUUGGCCAGGACAUUAUACCACCAAGAGAAGGAGCUAAAUGCUAUUUUCUUUGUAUGAUGCAGGAAUUUGAUCUGAUGGACGAGAAAGGUCAAUUCAAUGAGUCGAAACUAGAAAGUUUGUUGAACUAUUUCCCUAAGAAGUCAAAUUACACAGAAACAAUUGAAACGAAAUUGGACACUUGCUUGAAGGCUGCAAAAAAUGUGAUCAGUCAGCAAUCGAAAUACGAUGGAUGUAACAGAGCAUACACUCUGGUUAAAUGCAUGUAUGACAGUAAAUCGUCUGCUCAGAUUCAAAAUUCAAUAUCUGGAGUUGGUAAAAAGAUGUCGGGUAUGAUGCCUACAGUACCACAAUUACCAAGCUUACCAAUGCCCUCAAUGCCACAAUUACCAAGUUUACCAAUACCUUCGAUGCCACAAUUACCAAGCUUACCAAUGCCCUCAAUGCCACAAUUACCAAGUUUACCAAUACCCUCAAUGCCUCAGUUACCAAGCAUACCAGUGCCUCAGAUACCCAACAUUCAAAUAUCACCCUCAAUGCAAUUACCUAGUAUUCCUGGAUUACCUAGUGUACCCCAGUUACCCUCAUUGCAACUACCUAAAGUAGAUUUACCACAAUUACCAGCUGCACCUCAGUUACCAUCAUUUCCCUAUCUAUUCGGAAAAAAUAGCAAUGUAAAUAGAAAAAAUAUUAUUCUAUAACCUACUAAAUAGAAAAAUAAUGAGUUUCAGAAAUGUAGCCCAAUCUUCAAUGUAUUGUAAUCUUGACAAUUCUUGAAUGCAUUUCAAUUAACGUAUUGCAUCUUGUAUUGAUGUUCACUUCUGCCUAGGUUGAUUAUAGUCGAAUAUUUUUAUAUCAUAUAAUAAUUAUAAUAGAUUUGGAUUUAGAUUUAUUUUAAUGUGAGCUACAAUAAAUGCCGGAUGAUACACUAAUUCUCAUUAAAUGACAUCUAAUACUGAUGUCCGAUGGACAAUCCAUUGGGCAAUUCAAUCUUAGCAUCGACUUCUGGUUAUAGGCUAAUGUGGUUUCUUGAAACAUUGUUAAUUGUGAAUUCUACUUGUUUUUAGAAUUGAAUACUGUGGAGCUAAUAUUUUUCGUUCGUGUUGUGAUUCAUUCUAUUGGUUUUGCGAUUUUUGCACAAUAAAUAAU